AUGUCACAAGAUUUGAAAAGAACAAAUCCACAGGAUGAAACCAUUCUUGGUUCAACUCUGAAAAAGAUCAAAGUUGAGAUUGAUGCUAGUAAAACUGAUACAACUACUACUAGUAAACAACCAGCUACUUCCAUAACCGAGGCUAGCGUCGGUAUCACUCGUUUCAUCAAUCCCAAUCACACGGGAUUCAAAGGCUUGCUUAAGACUCUACACUCUGAUUUUCAAGUCAAUGAAAUACAACCAAAUGGUACAGUUGUACAUUUGACAGAUGAGGGAGUCAAUGCUGGAAAGAGUAAUAGACAAAAGAGAGCAGAAAAAUUGGCACAAGAACAGGCUGAACUUGAAGGCAAGUCUGAGGAGGAGAUUGCGGAGAUAAAAGCCAGGAGGGAAAAGGAAAGAGAAAAAGAACGUCAGGAAAAAGAAGCACUUCCCAAAUAUACAUUGUCAGAGGAAGACAAAGCGGAGCUCUUGACGAUGAUAACUCAAGAUGAAUUGCAACAAAUGGAGGAUUUGUUUCAUACCGGUAAUAAUAUGGAAACGAAAACAACAUUCGACGAUAAAGAACAACGUACCAAACUCCAUCAACUUAUAAGACGUGCGUUCCAGGGCAAACUAGAAACAAUUACAUCUCCCGAGCAAACAUUUAAAGUAGCAAUUGCCAAGAAUAGAAACGGUGCCAAUAAUCGCGGUGGUGGUCAACAACAAUCAAACCCCCAAGAUAGUAUGCAUCAUGUUGAUGAGAAUGGUGUAGUCAAUUACGGACUUGGGCCCUUCAAGCCGUAUUUGCAUUUUACAUUAUACAAAACGAACCGUGAUACUAUGGAUGUGAUUCACAACAUUUCAAAGUUGAUAAGGACUCCAAACAAAAGCAUAUCAUUUGCCGGAACUAAAGAUCGCCGUGGUGUCACUUGUCAAAGAGUCAGUAUACACAGAGGAAAAGUUCUUCGUGUGAAUGCUUUGAACAACAUGAGAAAAUCUAAUUUCAAGCUUGGGGCUUUUGCAUAUGAGGAUGAACCAUUAAAAUUGGGAGACUUGAAAGGUAAUGAAUUUACAAUUACCUUGAGAGAUGUGAAACUUUCCGGCGCACAUGAACAAAGUGGGGAAGUUGAUAUUCGAGAAAUUAUUAAUCAGAGUUUUGCAAGUUUGAAGGAAAAAGGUUUUAUCAACUAUUUUGGAUUGCAAAGGUUUGGAUCAUUCUCGGUGGCCACUCAUAAGUUUGGUAUUGCUUUACUUCAUGAGGAUUGGGGUAAAUUUGUUGAAUUGUUACUUUCAGAACAAGAGAUACAAGCUCCUGGAACUGCUGAAAUGAGAAGGAUUUGGAAGGAGACCAGAGAUCCCAAGCAAACAUUAAAAAAGUUGCAACAACAUUACGUUGCUGAAAAUAGCGUGCUCAAAGUUCUAGCAAAAGAACCACAGAGAGAAGACAAGUCCUUUUCUCCCCAUUCUUAUCUCAUGGGUAUCAUGUCCAUCCCGAAAAAUCUUCGAAUGAUGUACGUCCAUGCUUAUCAAUCUUAUAUAUGGAACAUUGUCGCUUCCAAAAGAUUGGAAUUAUUUGGACUAGAAGUCCAAGAAGGUGAUUUGGUGUUGGAGUCGGAAGAUGCUGAAGAUGUUAUAUUAGGAGACGAUUUAGAAGACAAGGAGGAUGAGAUGGACGAGGAUGUGGUUAAGCUGACAAAAUCACCCGUCAAGAUUGUUACCAAGGAAGACAUUGAGAAUAAAAAGUAUACAAUUUAUGAUGUUGUCUUGCCCUCUCCUGGAUUCAAGGUGCAGUUACCUGAGAAUGCAAAAUUAAAGCAAGUUUACAUUGACGAGAUGGCAAAGGAUGGUCUCGAUCCGUAUAAUUUGAGGAGGAAAAACAUCGUAUUCUCUCUCACUGGUGCAUACAGACAUUUGGUGACAAAGCCAAUGGAUGCAUCUUAUGAUUUGAUUAGUUACAAGGAUGGCCUUGAUGGUGAAGCUAGACCUUUGGUGAAGACUGAUUUGGAAAUCUUGGAGGAGAAGAAACAGUAUACUUUAGAAGGAAAGUCUGGAGAAGAGGGAAGCAACAUUAGCCGUUAUUUUGAAACAAAGGAAGAGAGUGUGGACGAUGCCCAUUUGGAAGAUAAAUUGGCGGUAGUGUUGAGAAUGCAAUUGGGGGUCAGCUCAUAUGCUACAAUGGCCUUAAGAGAGUUUAUGAAGAUUGAUACAUCGCGAGGAGCUGUUAACUAG